UUCUUCUCUCGUCAUGGGCGCGCCAACCGGGGGCGAUUUGGUUCAAGAAAUGCUCCUCUGCAGCCCGUAUUCCGAAACCCUGGUAGAAAAACUCGUACGGUUCAAUGCUAUUCACGUCUCGUCCGAAACCACCUGCGAUAUCUAUGAACCUUGCGCGAGGGAAAAACUCGUGACCAUGCUAGCGGACCUCAUCUCCCACUCUCCACUGCCAACCUCCGCCCAUCAAAUUCGAGCACUCGCUCCGGUCGUUCAUGCGCUGCAAAUCCUCGCCAGAGAACAAGACGGAUCCUCCCCGCUCUUCACUUCGUCUUUCGUUAAAGAUCUCACCAAAAUCUCCGGACUCCAAAAAUUCAUCCAAAUAACCCAACAAGAUGAAUUCGAGACGCUGAGUUUCUUUUUUCCACUGCUUGAACCGGCACUUAAGUGCCUGGCCAACCUUGUACUCAAAGAAGACCGGCUGCUCGCCGACUUCAUCGCAGAAGACGGGCCAAUCGCCUGCAGGAAGAUAUUCGCCUACCUGAUCCCAAUGCUGGCCGCCGCCACCACACGCAAUCCAACCCCCAACUUUGACGAAGCGUACGACUUCAUCCUCGUCGGAGUCCUCCGACUUCUCGUCCUAUCCACCCGUAUCACCCAUCCCACGUGCAAGGGCACCAUCUACGCACUAAGGGAAUCGCGCUUGCUAGAAGACCUCACCGACUACGUCGUCCUCUAUUCAAAAUUUUUUAAACCCGCUCCCGUACACAUCGCCACACACACGUCACUUCAAGACGCCCUGCGCUGCAUCUUAAACCUGAUCGCCGACUUCGGUGUCUUUGGCAGCAGCAAGAACCUAGCCGAACUAGACAAAUGCAUUCCAAAGCUGUCGCUAACUUUCGACGCCUGGAUCACCUUCCUCGACUACGAUGACUAUCAGAGCAAGUCGCAUCCCGUCUACACCCUCCAAACUCUCGUCGUUUCGUGUCUGGUCAACCUGCCAAUAGAACGCAUCAAAGAGCUGUUUUCCGCUCGUCAGCCUCAGCUCACUCCUCAACAGCUCAUCCACCACAUACUUCACAUUCUGAGUGUCUCCCUCCUGGGCGUAGACUCGCAACUUGAAGAUGAACGCCACUGCAUUCCGCUCCUCAUGCUCGUGACCGACGUCGCCAAAGCAAUUCCAGAUAUCAGAACGCACUGCCUCUCUCAGCUCUUCCUGCACCGCAUCUCGGAAGAGCAACUCGCCAAUUUACCUCAGACCUGCUCUCUCGGUGGCCAUAUCAUACAACUCAUGACCUCUGGAGACACCACCACGAAAUAUUGGGCCAACGAACUCAUCUUUACUGUCUGCAACAACAAUCUCGACCUCUUCGCCAGAGUCGCAGGACCGGAAAAUGUGUCAAACCUGCUCGCCAAAUCGGAUUGCGCAGAGCAAAGCACCUCAAUCCACCGCUCGACGCCUCCCGUGAAAUCGCCAAAAUAAAACAUCGAAAUCAAAACGC